UCAGACUGUCAGUUCGGCUUCGGCUGCCGGCAGUUGUGCGUCGGUGGUCUUAUUUAUACACUUGUCUUGUUAUUGUUGUUGUUUUUUUUACUUGUUCAUAUCAGUAUCUGUUAUACUCCAAAACACGCGUGGUCAUAAAAGCUCAGUGACAGUCUUGACAGGACACUUUACUCAAUAAAGCUUCAUCAAUUCUCAAAUACAAAAACAAUUUAAUAAUUAUUCAUCAUAUUAAUAACAUUUAAUUAUUUUUUUGUUUUUUAAAUUUUUAAACAUUUGUGCGUGUUGUUUAUAUUGUUUUUUAUUUUUUAUAUUGUUUUUUUUCUACUAUCAUACUGGUGAAGAUUCACUCUCUGUAUGCCCGACUGACAAGGUCUCUCUCUCCCGUUUGUUCGGUCGAUAAAACCUCAAGUGAAUAAUAUAAAAAAAAAAAAUUAUAAAAAAUUGUAUCAAAUAUUGUUGUAGUAUAAAAAAUUCAAAAAAUAAUUUGAAAAUUAAAAUUGUAAAUUCAUUUUAUAGUAUUAUAAUUUAGAUAUUAUUAAUUAAAAAAAAAACUUACGUGAUUUAUUGUUUUAUAUUGUGUGUGUGUGGGUGUUUGUGUAGUGUUUGUUUUUUUUUAAUUUUAAUAAUUAAUUAACAUAAUAUUAAAAUGCGGCGAAAUGUUAAAAUAGUGCUGGUACUUUCAUGCGCCUGGAUGUUUGUCUUUGUUUACUAUUAUCAUACUUCGCGAGAUAGCAAGAAUGAAAAUCGAGCAUUGAGACUGAAGGAACAUUUUCCAUUGUCAUUAUCUGCUGGUGGAUCUGGAUAUGCUGAACAAGAUGGAACGGGAUUUGCCAUGUCUUCUGAACUUGUAUCAGUACCAACACCGGAUCUCCAAGUAACAUGGAAUUAUUUUGAUGAACAGGGAUAUGUAUCUCGAGGUGGUCUGAGAGUAGGAGAGGAUCCUUAUGCACGAAAUAAAUUUAACCAAGAAGCGUCAGAUGGUCUACCAAGUAAUCGUGAUAUUCCCGACACUCGUAGUGCCAUGUGCCAUAUGAAACAAUGGAAAAAAAAUCUUCCAUCAACUUCUGUUAUCAUCACAUUUCACAAUGAAGCUAGAUCAACACUUUUACGUACUGUUGUCAGUGUCUUGAAUCGCAGCCCUGAGCAUCUUAUUCAAGAAAUAAUUUUAGUUGAUGAUUUUAGCGAUCAUCCUGAAGAUGGUGAAGAAUUAUCAAAAAUUCAUAAAGUUAAAGUUAUAAGAAAUGAAAAACGUGAAGGUUUAAUGAGAUCACGUGUUCGUGGUGCAGAUGCAUCAACAGCAAGUGUUUUAACAUUUUUAGAUUCUCAUUGUGAAUGUAAUGUCAAUUGGCUUGAGCCACUACUUGAACGUGUUGCUGAAGAUCCAAGAAGAGUUGUUUGUCCAGUAAUUGAUGUUAUCAGUAUGGAUACAUUUCAAUAUAUAGGUGCAUCAGCUGAUCUUAGAGGUGGUUUUGAUUGGAGUCUUGUUUUCAAGUGGGAAUAUUUGAGUCAAUUAGAACGACAAUCAAGACAAAAAGAUCCAACUCAAGCAAUAAGAACACCAAUGAUUGCUGGUGGAUUAUUUGUCAUUGAUAAAUCUUAUUUUGAAAAACUUGGAAAAUAUGAUACACAAAUGGAUGUUUGGGGUGGUGAAAAUUUAGAAAUAUCAUUUCGAGUCUGGCAAUGUGGUGGAAGUUUAGAAAUAAUUCCAUGUUCUCGAGUGGGUCACGUAUUUCGUAAGCGUCAUCCAUACUCAUUUCCCGGGGGAAGUGGUAAUGUAUUCGCAAGAAAUACAAGAAGGGCAGCUGAAGUUUGGAUGGAUGACUACAAGCAUUUUUAUUACAAUGCAGUACCACUUGCUAGAAACAUACCUUACGGAAAUAUUCAAGAUCGAUUGGAUUUAAAAAGAAAAUUAAGCUGUAAACCAUUUAGUUGGUAUUUAAAAAAUGUUUAUCCAGAAUUAGUUAUACCAACAAGUGAAGGUGGACCUGGAGGAGCAUUAAAACAGGGCAAUGCAUGUCUUGAUAGUAUGGGACAUUUACUUGAUGGUAAUGUUGGACUUUAUCCAUGUCAUAAUACAGGUGGUAAUCAGGAAUGGAGUUUAACAAAAGAUGGACUUAUUAAACAUCAUGAUCUAUGUUUAACAUUACCAAUGUAUGCUAAAGGAACAACAUUACUAAUGCAAAUAUGUGAUGGUAGUGAAAAUCAAAAAUGGCGAUAUUUAGAGGGUGGUUUAAUACGUCAUUCACGAAUACCAGUUUGCAUGGAUUCAAGAUUACAUGCUCAACGUGGAAUUACUGCUGAAAAAUGUGACUCAAGUGCUGAUUCACAAAAAUGGCAUCUUUAUAAUCACAGUCGUUGAGAUUAAAUAUUCAUAUUUUCAUUUAUUUUCAAUCAAAUUUAUCUUUAAAUAAUAAUAAUAAUAAUAAUAAUAUGUAUGAAUGAAAAUAUUAAUUUUAAUCGUUGAACGAUUAUGAAUAAUUGUUGAAUAAAAUAAAAUUAAAUAACAAUGAGUAUGCGUGUGAUUAAAUGUCAGUCAAUAUUUAACUCAAUAUUGAUUAAACAGUGAACUUGAGCUGAAUUAUAAUAAAAUUAUAUUAAAGAUAAUUAAUGUAAAAUUGAUUGACAUUUUAAUGAAAUAUUUAUAUAUAUUUUUAUUAUUUUUCGUUGAUGCAUUGUGUGUGCUUAUUGCUGCUAUUGAAAAUUAUAUAAUUAUUUUUCUUUUUAUUAUUUAAAUUUUAUAAUUCAUUAAAAUAUUUUAUAUUAUAUUCUUCAAAUCUUGUUCAACAAAAAAGUUCAAGAUUCAAAAACUUUAAAUAAAUUUAAAUAAUGUACUUAUUAAUUGAUUGAAAAAUAAUAAUAAUUUUAAUCAAUAUAUCUUUUAGACGUUUAUAAACGUCUGCUAGUCCAACUUAUUGAUGCUUGUAAAUAUUGUCAUGAUUUGCGUAUAAAAUAUUCGAUAAAAAAUUUAUAUCAACUUCCAAUAAUUAUCUUCCUAAAGUAUUUCAUUAAUUUCAUCCAUGUUCAAGUAAGUCUUCGAUAUAAAAAUAUAAAAAAAAUAUAAAAAAAAAAAAACGAUUUUUAAAUAUAAAAAAAUAUUAUCAUGAUGAUAGAAAAGAAAAUUAUUUUUAUAAAUUAUGAAUUUAAUUUAAAGUCAAUUUCAAACUUCCAGCAAUGCUUAUGAUUUUAUUCUUUUUAAAUAAAUAUUCAAUAUUAAUGUGUUAAUUAAUUUGAUAUAUUAUCAAGUUUAAUAAGAAUUGCGACAAUCCUAUUUUUUAUUUUUUAAAGACAAUUUUUUAUAAGCCUUUCAAAAAUAAUAAUUAUUAUUAUUACAUAAUCAAAAACAACAUUUUUUAAUAGUUCAUAAUAAUUUUCUGUAAUUUUUAAUUUUAAUAAAAUGAUUGGAAUGUUUUUUUAACAAAAAAUAAAAAAGAAAGAUGUGAUGAGAAUAUACAUCAGUCAUAAACGUCGACUUUUGUAUUAUAAAAAUUAACUUGGCAGCUUUGAAUGGAUUUAUUAUUACAAAAAUUAAUUUUUAAAAUGAUAAUAAAUAAUAUUAAGAACAACGAUACGUAAUAAUUGAUAUUGUUUUUAAAUUAAUUUUGUGAUUAUUAGUUUUUCAUUUGAUAUUAUGAUAAAAUUUAUAAAAAGCAUUUAUUUAAAAACAACCGAGAAUUGUUAUUUUUAAUUUUGUAAAUAUUUUAGCAAUUUAAAUAUUAUUAAGAUGCAUAGUUAAAUAAAAAUAUUAUAUACAUAUAUUAAGAUGAUAAUUUUAUCGACGUAAAAUAUACUGAAUUACAUGAAUCAACAUCAAAAUAAAAACAAUCUGGCAAUAUUAAAAUAAAUUUAUAAUUUACAAAUGAAAAAUAAUUGAAAUAAUUUUUUUACUACUAAAUUUUAUGUAAAAAUAAAUAAAUUCAAGUUGACAUUGUGAUCGUUUCAAUAAUUAUUUAAAUUCUUAAGAAAAAAAAAAAAAAAAAAGAAA